CCUAAAUAAAAGACCAAAGGCCUAGCGCGAUGUUUUUUUGUUUUUUUAUUAUUAAAAUCGAAUAUUUUGGCAUUAUGCUAAGUUUGACAGAUACCUAAUAGUUUAAAAUGCUUCGCAGAUUAGCACCGAGUCAGCUUGCCAAGAGAAAGUUGGAAGGUGACAAAGAUGAUGGAAAGUUAAGUUUUCAAGCAGUUAAGUUUAAAAGGAAUAGAGUUUCUUUAUAUGAUUCACAUACAAAAUGUAUUGAUUUUUCUAAGCAGAGUAACGAAAUUGAUAUUAGAAAGCCGUUACAAACUGUAACAAAUAUAUUAUUAUGUAGUGACCAUGCUGCACAUGAGGAACUUAUAAGAAAAAUAUUAUCAAAACCUUUUAAAAUUCCAAUACCAAAUUAUAAAGGAGGAAGCUUAAUUGGCCGAUCCUUGGGUGUUAAGCGUAGUGGUUCUAGAAGAGCACUACAUGAUCCAGAUGAAGAAGGAGCACUUAUUCUUUACACUCCUCCUACUCUUAGUGUUCAUGAUCAGUUGAAAGUCAAUAUUGAACAGCUGCCUGUACAUGUUGUUGUUGAUCCAUUACUCAGCAAAGUCCUUCGACCCCAUCAAAGAGAGGGGGUUAAAUUCAUGUGGGAUUGUGUUACAGGAAAACAAAUUCCUGACAGUUAUGGUUGCAUUAUGGCUGAUGAAAUGGGACUUGGAAAAACUUUGCAGUGCAUUACUCUUGUGUGGACGCUUUUGAGACAGAGUCCAGAUGCCAAACCUACUAUUGAAAAAGCCAUUAUUGUUGCUCCAAGUAGCCUUGUAAAAAACUGGUACAAUGAAAUAAAGAAAUGGCUCGGAAUGCGUAUAGAUGCACUUGCUAUUGACUCUGGGACAAAAAGUGAAAUUGAUAAAAAUCUGAAAAGUUUUAUGAACACACAUGGACGUCGUCCAGUAAAUCCCAUACUUAUUAUAUCAUAUGAAACAUUUCGGCUUCAUGCAGAAGUACUCCAUAGGAGUGAAGUGGGCUUGGUAAUAUGUGAUGAAGGUCAUAGACUCAAGAAUUCUGAUAAUCAAACAUAUCAUGCUUUAAACAAAUUAAAUGCUAAACGACGUGUAUUGUUAUCAGGUACUCCUAUCCAAAAUGACUUGUUGGAAUAUUUUAGUCUGUUACAUUUUGUUAAUCAAGGUAUUUUAGGGACUGCUCAUGAAUUCAAAAGAAAAUAUGAGACUCCAAUUUUACGUGGACGUGAUGCAGCUGCCACAGAUAAGGAUCAUGAAAAAGGAAAAGAGAAACUAGAAGAACUCAUUUCCAUUGUAAAUCGUUGCAUGAUUAGACGUACUGCAACCAUCUUGUCAAAAUAUCUUCCAGUAAAAGUAGAACAGGUUAUUUGUUGCUCACUUACUCCUCUGCAGAAAUCUAUUUAUUCUCACAUUGUCCAUUCUAAAACUAUUUCUGAAGUAGCUAAUGAAAACACAAAAGUAAGUGCUUCAUUAUCAUUGAUUACAACUUUGAAGAAGCUCUGCAAUCAUCCAAGUCUGAUCUAUGAACAAUGUCAACAAAGGGUAAAGGAUCUUGAAGGCUGUCUGAAUCUUUUUCCUGUUGGUUAUGAUUUUAAAAAGCUACUUCCUGAACUUUCUGGUAAAAUGUCAGUCUUAGAUUGUACUCUUGCUGUAAUAAAAUCCACAACAACUGACAAAGUAGUAUUAGUCUCAAAUUACACCCAGACUCUUGACUUGUUUGAAAAACUUUGUAGACAUAGAAACUAUCAGUAUGUACGACUUGAUGGGAGCAUGUCUAUUAAGAAAAGAGCCAAAGUAGUUGAACAAUUUAAUAAUCCUCAAAGUCCUGAAUUUAUUUUUAUGUUAAGUAGCAAAGCAGGGGGAUGUGGUCUGAAUCUUAUUGGUGCCAAUAGAUUAGUUAUGUUUGAUCCUGACUGGAAUCCAGCCAAUGAUGGUCAAGCAAUGGCUCGAGUUUGGCGAGAUGGACAAAAGAAACAGUGCUUUAUUUAUCGCCUUUUGACCACUGGAACUAUUGAAGAAAAAAUUUUUCAAAGACAAACACACAAAAAAGCACUAAGUAGUUGUGUUGUUGACAAUGAAGAAGAUGUUCAGCGUCACUUCAGUCUAGCUGAGUUGAGAGAACUGUUCAGGCUAGAAGAAAAUACAGUAAGUGACACUCACGACAAGCUUAAGUGUAAAAGAUGUGUAAAUAGCAUCCAAGUUAAGCCACCCCCAGAUGAUGCAGAUUGCACAAGUGACCUUUCUCUGUGGCAUCACUGUCCAGAUAAAAAGGGGUUAGUUGAUGUUGUAUUAAAGCGAUGUUGGGAAGCUGGAGUAACUUUCACCUUCCAUCAAAAAUCUCACGAACAAAGACUUACUCCAUAAUGUACUAGUGGCCUGUCAUUUUUUGAAAAGUACUAAAUGCUGAAGUGUGUAAUUUUGGUUAUGUAAAUGUGAAUUCUUCCUUAUUGUUACAGUGUUUCAGAAGAAGGUGGCGACAAAAACUUUACAAGUAACAUGUAAAGUUGAAGUGAUAGCAGAUAGCUGGAUCAUGAGUACAUCAUUAUUAAUUUGUAUUGUUUGUAAUUCAAGUGAAUCUUAAGAAAUUAGUUUGAAAGUAAGUAGAAUAUAUUGUCAGUACUGAAAUAGCAACUUAGAAUAACAUUGUCACUAGCUUAGGAAUGUGAAAAGUAUAAUGGCAUUCAUCUAUGUCUAAUUGGAUAAAUGAAUACUUGAACAAAAAAUGUAGAAAAACUAAAGCUUGUGAACUUCAAGUGUUUGUUAUUACUAAUAACUGCAUUGAGGUAUGCAUGUAGGUUAACAGAAAAUUUAAUUUACUGUACAGCAGCAUCUUAAAAAAAUGAUAUAUUGAUUUUCAGUUACACUUUUCAUAGAUUUAAGCACAUUAAAAUUGUGUAUUUUUGUAGUUAUAUGAUCUUCAUACGCUAUGUAGUUUGAAAGUUAUAAUUGUUAAAACAAGUGUACUUAACAA